AUUGGGGUCAAUUCACAAAGCUUUUUUUGCCGAUACCGGUCGUUAUGUAAACGAUUUCACACGUUAUUGAAUCAAGUCCAAUUCACUAAACGAUUUAACGCUUGUAAAAAUCAUCAAAUAACGUUUCACUACACAGAACCGAUAUUUUUAGUUUUGAGUCGUUAUUGAACGUAUUGAUCGUUGUUUUAACGACUCAAAUCGUUAAAUAUGUACAGAAGUGCAAUUCACAAAGGUUUUUUAGACAAUUAACGAUCGCUAAGCAAUCGUUAAAUAAGCACCUCCCUGAGGGUGGCGUUAUGACAUUUCCCAGGCGGUAUAUCAUUUGUUGAGAGGAAUUUUUUGGCGGUUUAGGCUUGUGGUAAAUUUUGUUACGAGUUUUGUGCAAGAUGGAACCAUUUGGAUGUGCUCUAUUUGAACUGAAACUGAUCCAGAGGCGAAGAAGGACACGUCAGAAUGUCGUUCAGAUAGAGAAACGUGUAUUUCGUUCACGUACCUUUUUGGAUCAAUUUUCUGAAACCCAGGUGAUAGCCAAAUUCAGAUUAUCCUCUCCCAUGAUAUAUUCCCUGUAUGAUGAAAUACACUUGGCCCUAGAAACACGCACGCGGAGAAGUAAUGCAGUACCAGGUCUUGUGCGUUUUUUGGCAGUACUUCAUUUUCUAGGAAAGGCCUCAUACCAACAUGUCAGUGGUGAGAUUGUUGGCAUCUCACAACCCAGUUUUUCCCGCUGCUUGGUCGACGUCCUGCAAGCACUGCGACAACUUGCUCCAAAAUACAUUCAUAUGGGCAAGUCACGUGAAGAGCGGGAUCAAAUAAAACGUGGUUUUUUUGACCUAGCAGGAAUGCCCAAUGUCAUUGGGGCAAUAGACUGCACCCAUGUGCCAUUAUGUCCCCCAUCAGAACAGGAGCACAUCUACAGAAACCGUAAGGCUUACCAUUCCCUCAACAUCCAGGUGAUCUGUGAUUCGAACCUCAUAAUCCGUGAUGUUGUCACCGGCUUUCCAGGAUCCUGUCAUGAUGCCCAUAUAUUGCGCCAAUCGGGAAUAUAUGAUACUCUGGACAAGGACUUAGAAAAUAAUGGAUGGCUGCUGGGAGAUGCUGGUUACCCCUGUCUACCAUGGCUCUUAACACCAAUCAACAGGCCAUCCUCUCCUGCAGAAGCAGCUUACAAUGUUGCUCAUACAAAAACAAGAGUGGUGAUCGAAAGAUGCUUUGGUGUCCUAAAGAGCCGUUUCCGAUGCAUGUCCUUGUCUGGUGGAUUCCUACAGUAUUCCCCCAGUAAGGUAGCUGAUAUGUUCCUAGCAUGCAGCAUUCUCCAUAACAUUGCAAGGCAUGGUGGACUACAAGAGGAACUAGACACCACAGUGGAGGAUGACAUGCCCACAAUUCCAGUGGAAAAUGAUCAAAGGGGAAACACAGCAAGAAGUAAACUGAUUGCAAACUAUUUUUCAGGUAAUAAACCACCGUAACAUGGUUUUAAUUUUCCAAACACCAUCAGAAAUGAUCACAAACUUGCAUUAUUAAGUUGAAGAGACAGACAUGCUGUAAAAUGAAUUAUUUGGGCUGAUCUUGUUUAUCAAUGUAAAAUCUUAACCAAUGAUGUUUUUUUUAUUAUUUCAGGUUAACUCAACUCUAAAAACUUUGGAGAACUAUAAUAAAAUUAAGACAAGAGUACAAAAAUUGCAAAAAAAUGAGUCUUUAUUUUGUUUUUGUAUUUUCACUUUGUUGUACUUCUUUUGCAUUUAUUUUUUACAACAUUGAACAAUAACAGUUUCAAACAUGUAAAAUAAAAGUUUCACUUAAAAGUCUUUUACAAAAUCUAAAUUGUGUUUGAAUUCUUUAUUGCAACAAAUGUAAGUGUGGGUUAUACACGCAAAAAUUCUGUUUAUCUGCUAAUAAGUACCAACAUUUUUUUGACAUUAGUGAGAAGCAAUAAAAUAGAAGACAGAACUGUGUGCCAAAGACAGUUGAAAUGCUGCAGUUGCCUGAAACCAUGUCCUUGCCAGAAAGAUGGUGAAUGAAAUGAGUGCUGUUAACUGCGUUGUGUGGGAGAGGGGAGAAAUGAAAUAAAACUAAAAUAAAUACCACCAAUU